AUGUCUCGCCAUCACCCUGAUCUCGUAAUGUGCCGCAAGCAAUCUGGCAUUGCUAUCGGACGGCUCUGCGACAAAUGUGACGGCAAGUGUCCUGUAUGCGAUAGCUACGUGCGCCCAACUACUCUCGUACGCAUAUGCGAUGAGUGCUCCUUUGGAAAUUAUCAGAACAAGUGUGUUGUGUGCGGCGGGGAGGGUAUAUCUGAUGCCUUCUAUUGCUUCGAGUGCACAAGAUUAGAAAAGGAUCGAGACGGGUGCCCGAAAAUUAUAAACCUAGGAAGUUCGAGGACAGAUCUGUUCUACCAGAAAAAGAAUUUCAGGAAUCAUUAG